UCUCCCUCCCACACAGACACACGACCCCCUCCCACCCACACGCCCGUCUCUCCUUUUCAUCUACUCUCUUUUCUACAACAAACAUGGCCGCGAAAUCAGACGGUACAGCCGUUUCUUUGCAGAAUGACAUUCCGGCGACGUGCCUCCCCGGGCUGGAGAAGCGCUCGCCACAGUGGCGUCCCGUCGGGAAGGAGUAUUCGCUCCUGGACUGCUGCUGGACCCUCUGCGCCCUCUUGGUCUUUUUCUCGGACGGGGCUUCAGACCUGUGGCUGGCUGCCGAAUACUAUCUCAGACGGGACUACUGGUGGUUCGCUCUGACACUCGUAUUUAUCAUCAUUCCGUCUGUGGUGGUGCAGGUGCUCAGCUUCCGAUGGUUCGCCUACGAUUACUCGGACGCCAACGGGAGCGGCACGGCUGCGGCUGCAUUGGUAGCGGCGUCCAAUGCGGAGAGCCACUUCAGCACCAAGGACAGCGAUCAGCGGGGCGCUGGCCGCUCCGCUGCGGUCACCGGAACCCGGAGCAAUGCUCAGAGCUGCUGCAGAGCCUGCGUGUGGCUCUUCCAAAGCUUCGUGCACGUUUUUCAGCUGGCACAGGUCUGGAGGUAUGUCCAUGCCUUAUAUCUGGGUGUGCAAAGCCGCUGGCGCGGGGACCACGAGCACAAACACUUCUACUGGCGUACGAUGUUCGAGAACGCUGACAUCAGCAUGCUGAGGUUGCUGGAAACCUUCCUGAAGAGCGCACCUCAGCUCGUUCUGCAACUCAGCAUUAUGGUCCAGACCGGCCAGGUCCUCCCUUUGCAGGGUCUGUCUGCGUCAGCCUCUCUGGUGUCUCUGGGCUGGAUGAUGGCGUCUUAUCAGAAGGCAUUGCGGGACUCUCGUGACGACAAGCUUCCCAUGUCAUAUAAAUCAGUGGUGGCGCACAUGCUGUGGCACCUGUUCACAGUGGGAGCCCGCGCCAUGGCCUUCGCCCUCUUCGUUUCCAUCUUCCAGCUCUACUUCGGCAUUUUCAUCGUAGCCCACUGGUGCGCCAUGACCUUCUGGAUCAUCCAAGGUGAGACGGACUUCUGCAUGUCCAAGUGGGAGGAAAUCAUCUACAACAUGAUGGUGGGCAUCGUGUACAUAUUCUGCUGGUUCAGCGUCCGUGAAGGCCCAACUCGGUGCCGGCUUCUGCUCUACAGCCUCAUAGUGCUGGGCGAAAACGUGGCCCUCACUGCCGUGUGGUACAUAUACCGCAGCCCGCGCACUUCGGACUUUUACGCUGUGGUGGUGGUGUGUGUGGUGGCCUGUAGCUACGCUCUGGGCACAUUUUUUAUGUUUGUCUACUACUGCCUGUUGCACCCUGACGGCCCUGUGUCUGGAGCCUAUUUCGGAUGUUGUGGCGUCCAGGUGGGGGCUGUUUCAGAUCCUUGCAUCUCGUCGCCCACCUCCGUUCCUCCUCUGGACGCGGUGAGCAGCCCGCCGAGGACUCUGCAGAGGACUAAAGGAGGAGAGUCAGUACAGAGAGAAGACAUUGGCGAUGUGUUUAAGAUGCGGACCCUUAAGGCCUCACGAACCGCCGCGCCUCGCCUCACCCCAAGGACAGAGGGGCCGGUAGUUCGUAUCGACCUUCCCAGAAAGCAGUACCCUGCCUGGGACGCCCACUUCAUUGACCGCAGGCUACGAAAAACCAUUUUGGUCCUGGAAGGUGCUGCUCCGGUCACACCGAGGAUCCAGUACCGAUGUCUAGGCACACCCAAGGAAGUGAUGGAAUAUGAGACGACAGUCUGAAACGUUCUUACCUUCUAAAAAGAUGUAAUGUAUUAGCGUGCAAAAAAAAGUCAGUUCUCUCCAGCUUUAUUUGGUGGAUU